AUGAGACUAAGCAAAGUGACAUCACUCGUUUCUCUUGCUUUUGUUGGAGCAGCUCCUCUUCAAGACUUAUCCACCACAUCCAUCGACGUUACUGGUGUUCCAGCAAACGUUAAAGGCGAUGAGCAUUUGUAUGUUACAGUGACACGCACUGACGACCUUGUUGACGACGAUGGAUCAUUGCUCGCCGAGCGUGUGAUGGCUGUUCAAGUAUCCUUUGAUGUGAUUGAGAACCAGCUGCAUUGUAACGGUGUACCCGUUGACGUCGGGGUGUCGAAUGUUCAAGUUGAAGCUGCCGUUGCACCAAAUCCAGAAAAGCUGAUGAUCGCCUCUGAAGAAGAAGCUGCCAUCUUGGAAGAUACUUUUGAUAUUGGCCUUGCUAAUGUGGAAGUCCAUGCCACUCUUUUGGAUGAAAUCAAGCUCGAUGAUGGUACCACCUUCCGUCGUAUGGCUAUCGAAGAACGUAUCACCGAGAUCAAUGGCGAACAAGUGGUUCAAACCAAUGCUGGUCAACAAAUUUUGGAUGUCUUUGAUAAUGGCAAGGUGGAGCGAUGGGCAGUGGAUCCUCUUACUGGUUUCUUGCUUCCUGGUCCUGCUAUGGUUGCUGAGGAGGAGAAUGCUGAUCAAACCCAGGAGAAACAACAACAUGACGACAUGUCAUCUGAACCCCACAACAUUGCACAACCACCCCCCAACAUGAUUCCAGAACACGCCGGUCAAAAGGGAUGUGCCUCAGCUCUUGUUGAUCCUAUGGUGACUUGGUGGAAUGAACAAAGCACAGCUGUUCGUGGCAUGAUCACUGGUGGUGUAUGUGCAUUUUUCCUCGCCAUUGCUAUGGUUAUCCGCCAAAUCAUGGUCUCAGCUCACGAUGAAUACGAGCCCAUUGCGUUGUCUGACAAGGAAGAUGAACAGGUCUGGUCAACCACCGAGAAAAAGGAUGAAGAAAAGCAACCCUUCCUUUCGUAA